AUGUCUCAAGUGCAGUUCAGAGGGUACGCUAUAACUGAUCCUAAGAAAUGGAGUGAUUUCAGCAUCAUCGACAUCAAACCGAAAACAUUCGAGGAGACAGACGUCGAGAUAGCGAUCACUCACUGCGGCGUUUGUGGAUCUGAUGUUCACAUGAUUACUCAAGGUUGGGGAGAGGCGCCUUUCCCCCUGGUUGUUGGGCACGAGAUCGUAGGGAAGGUCACCCGGGUUGGCUCGCAAGUCAAAGAGUUCAAAGUCGGCGAUCGUGCUGGCGUCGGAGCUCAGGUCGCUAGCUGCUACGAGUGUCGCGCUUGCAAAUCGGACAACGAGAAUUAUUGCCCCAAAUCGCUUAGCACCUACGCGGACAAGUACCCUGACGGGGUGGUCACCCAGGGUGGCUACUCUACCGCCAUCCGAGCGCAUGAGCAAUUUGUCUUCCCGAUCCCCGAAGCUCUUGAGUCGCGCUAUGCAGCUUCUAUGUUGUGCGCGGGGCUCACCGUAUUUUCUCCUCUCAAACGCAAUGGCGCAGGACCUGGGAAAAAAGUCGGUAUCGUUGGGAUAGGCGGCUUGGGUCACUAUGCCAUCAUGUUCGCCAAGGCCAUGGGUGCUGAGGUGUAUGCCUUUACUCACGACAAGAGCAAAGUCGAAGAUAUCAAGAAGAUGGGAGCCGACCAUAAAGGCGACUUUGCCAAAGAGCUGGCCCAUUCGUUGGAUCUCAUAGUUUCAACUCGAGACGUGGCCGAGGGCAUGCCGUUGCAACAAUAUCUCAGCAUGCUUUGGGUCCAUGGCCGAUUCGUUACGGUGGGACUGCCAGACAAGCCCCUCCCACAGCUGACUGCCUUCGACUUGAAUCCUAACGGGUGUUUCUUGGGGAGCUCCCAUAUAGGGAGCAAGAAGGAGGCGAUAGAGAUGUUGCAGCUAGCAGCUGACAAAGACAUCAAACCUUGGUAUGCAGAGUUGCCUAUGAAGGACGUCCAGCAAGCUGUGGAGAGACUCAAGCGGAACGAUGUUCGAUACCGCUUCAUCCUGACCCAGGACAUAGCCUAA